AUGCCUCCAGUCCUCGUCAACGGCGAUAAAGCAUUCUUCUUGAUUCUGGAACGUUACGAAGGGCUUUUAGUUAAUCGGUUGCAGAAUUCGAGUUCUCGCGCACUGGUACAAACGAACCUGACAAAUCAUGAGGAAGGUAAGAGUUAUGCUUACGCAAGUGGGAAAAAGGAAACGAUUGCACAAGGAACUACACCUCAAGAAACGUUCCUUGGAAAAUGCAAUGCGGUCCCACGUGGAUGA